GAGCUAAUAAAUAGUCCUCUGGCCUUUAGAAAUUUCUCAUCACAUUAUUACCCUUGCCAAAACCAUUCAACUUCAUGGACUCGGUGCACUCACUUGGAAGUGAAGUUGGUGUGCCACAGCUAUAAUGAGGCAAACUAAGAAACUUCAAACAAACACUUUUUGAAAAAAACAAAAAUAACUUACACAUAUUAGUUAAUAAUAUGUGUAAAAAUUAUAUAAUCAGUAACAUGGGUUACACGUGUGAAGUGCGUACCCGAAAACUAGUUCAUAUAAAGAUGUCGCUGCUUCAGUUUAGUGUUGUAAAUUUAUAUUUUCUUGAAGGUUUGUAAGGCAUCAUCACUGUAUUAGUAAAGUCCACUCUAGUAGUUACAUACUAAGACCACAGCUUUAGCUUCCACUUUUGCACUAUGAAAAAUUUGUAAUUUCUCAUAUGACAUGCCAAUGUUGCAUCGUUAAUUGUUGUCAUCUUCAUUGGACCCAAUGAUAUUGAAUGGCACAUAUGUACCUUUCCAUUGAUGUAACUGACAUACAUUAUAUUUCUUACACAUCUCUUCUAUUCUUGCCGAACAAUAAGAGCUCCGCAUCGAAACACGCAGGAUCAAAAUCUGGUACCAGCAGGCAGCAACAAUGCACCAAAAGUCACUAAUUGGGGUACUGAAUUAAUUAGUGAAAAUUAAUUGUACUCCUUCUCUUAAUUCUGUUUUACUAAUGAUUUCAUCUCUAUAUUUUGCUGAUGUCUUUUUUAAAAAUACGUUUUUGCCAUAUGAAUUCUUUCAGUUGUAAACAAUGGUUCAGAUGUUAAAAAGUACAAGAGAUUACUCAUUUCUAUUAUCCGAUAAUGCUUAUCUUCUUGCUCUAUCAAAAGGCUAUUUACCUCAUAAAGCCUUUAUCGCUAAUUCUGGUGCAGUUUCUAUCAUAGCUAAUCUGGUUGUUUAUUUACUGGCUCAGGGCGUAAAUUUAUUAAUUAAGAAAACUUAUUCAAGUUUUUUGGUUAUAUUGAAAAUGCACGAGUAGCUUUAGAACCAAGCAGCAACAAUCUUUAAGCAAUACUAGAAGAAAGCUGCUAAAUGAUUGUGAAGUACGGAAUCCUCUACCCAGAAGUAUCCAAAUGCAACAGAAGCUAUUGACUCAGAAAUCAGUUUCUGUUAGUAAACAGCCUCAACUAGCAUUAGGAUCCAGGAAAUAAGUUGGUAGCAGUAAAGGGAGUGGACCUAGUCGUCCUUUAGGGCCAAAAGCAAUGCCUCCCAACAGCACGAUAAUAGGGUUUUGACACCAGGUGUCAAGAGCACUAUGCCUGCUUUGCAUAAGCCAAUCCCUUCAAAGUUGCAACCUUUUCUUCCGAGCCAAUCGUUGGUACAGAAAAAGGAAACACUACAAGCUGGAAUGUCAAAGGUGAUAUCAAAACAAGUUGAGCCUUCAUCCAAAGCUAAGCCGGUGAUGCAGAAACAAGCAGUGCCAUCGUCCCAUUCUCAGGAUUUGGGGACUUCCAUUUACAAGUCAAGAUGCAAGUUUGAAUACUUUGAACAAGUUGACAAAUUUAUUAUCGGUUUGAUAGGAUUGUUUGGCAAAACCUUUUAUUAUAAACUUAUUCUUUUGGCUAUUGAGUUGUGUAAAUAGUCUUGUGACUAUAUUUUUGUAAACAAUACUACUUGUGGAAUGUUAAUCCAUACUUUUAAUUAAUGAUA